AUGGUAGGCAUUCCUCGAUCAAAAGGCUGCCGCACCUGCGUUACGCGCAGAGUGCGCUGCGACCUGGGCAAACCAACAUGUCAAAAUUGUGCGAAGGGCAAUCGCGAAUGCCUGUACAGCGAAGGUCUCAAGUUUGUCAACGAGGCGACGAAGCUGAAGCGGAAGUUUGAGCACCGAGACAAGGACCAAGAUGCUGGUGGAUCGCUCUUAGUCUUUGAGACCGACGCGACAACAUCUUCAUCCAACAAUGCAACUACAGAGAGCCUAGAAGACAGCUCGCCGGAAGACCAACUAACACCCUUCACGUAUGGCUCAAAUCCAACCAACGAGCCUGUCCACUACAAGGAAAAUGCAGUCCUCUCUUUCGUUGAGAAGAGUUCCUGGAUGCCGGCGACUGAGACGCUCGACUUCGGCAUUCAAGCAUACAAUGACGACGUGCUCGAGGAUGCAAGCAAUGGCUUACAUUCACACGCUAAUGAUAUGGAUAUCGCCGCAAUGAUUCUAGCCCCGAAUUUAAUUCAGGAUCAAUUGUUCUCAAUGAUGCACAGGUCUAUGUUUCCGCCUGCCCAGGUUGACUCGGUGCCGCAGCAGAUGAAGUCACAUGGUCUGUGGUUCAAGCGUCUACCGCCCUUGACUGGAACCAAUAAGCUGCUGGAUUCGGCAGUCAGAGCUGUUAGUCUGGCACAUAUGGGACGCUUGCAGGGCAAUAGAUCCAUUCUGGAAGAAUCUCGACCCUGGUACGGGAGCACGUUGAGGCAACUCAAUUCGGCGAUAGCGGACGGCACGGCAGGUAUGGCCCCUGAGACUUUAGCCGCGACGAUCUUAUUAUCGUUCUACGAAAUGUUCGCAUCGAACUCCAACGCAUCAUGGGUGCAGCAUGCUGGUGGUGCUGGUGCUUUGAUGCGCAUCAGAGGCCCUGAUGUCCAUCGUUUCGGCUUCGACAGGGAGAUGUACAUCGCUUAUCGGCACACCAUCAUCAUCGAGGCCGCCCAACGUGACGAGCCGUGCUUUCUCGCCGAGCCUGAGUGGCGUGAGCUUUCAAGAAGCAUAUUCCACGAUCUGCGCAUGUUGGGUGAAGAGCGGUUUCGGGAGACAUUUGAUCUGGCGGAGCAGCAGUACGAGAACAUGCUUGACGUCCCAGAAUUGCUCCACCGAUGCAAGCAUUUCCACAAGUUCCAGAGCCUGGAGAAAGAUCAAUAUCCGACCAUACGCGAUUUCGUGUUCGACCUAAUACAGCGCGUCCAACAAAUCAGGGCGCGUUUCAGAACGUACUUCGUCCGUUUCAGAGGAGCCCUGGCGAAGACGGGCUUCAUGUGGACGACUUACCUCAGUCACGACCCGGUGAUUCCCAUCUACUACCAGUUUCCGAACAUCUUCGUGGGCUCGUCUGUCACAGGCUACUGGACGCUCAACAUCCUACUGAAUCUGGUGUUGAUAGAGCUAAUGCAGAAGCACGAUCCGGAGAAGUGCUCGCUUUACCGUGCUGAGAAUCGUGACUCGGCCCUCGAGAUCUGCAGAAGCGUGCGAUUCAUGCUUAGCUCCUCAUUUCUGGGGCCGUUCUUCAUCAUAUUCGGUCUCAGGAUCUCUUUGAGUGCGCUACAAGAGAAAGAGGAACGCGAAUGGGUAAUAGCUCGACUCUUCGAGAUGAGUGAGACUCAUAUGGCGAUGGCUGCGCACAUUCCUGGAUUUGAGGCUGGGGCAGACAUGCCGAGGGUGAGAGCCGCGCUGUCAUCGAGCAAUUCUAAGGUCAUUGAGCUAUUCACUGACGGAUGA